UCUGCGGGGCGGGGAAGGGAGGUUCCUGAAGUCAAGCUCUGGGUGGGCUGGCUCCUCCCCUCAGUUUCAGUUUCCAUUUUCCAUCUCGGCAGAGCCGGGCAGCAUCUAGCCUGGGCUAAAUAAACAGCAGACCCAGCGGAGCUGCCCUCAGCAGGUGGUGCAGAAUGGAGCUGCGACCCUACCAGUGGGAGGUGAUCAUGCCUGCCCUGGAGGGCAAGAAUAUCAUCAUAUGGCUGCCCACGGGCGCUGGGAAGACCCGGGCAGCUGCUUAUGUGGCCAAGAGGCAUCUAGAAACUGUGGAUGGAGCCAAGGUGGUUGUGUUGGUCAACAGGGUGCACCUGGUGACCCAGCAUCGUGAGGAGUUUAGCCGCAUGCUGGGCAAACGCUGGACCAUUACAACCCUGAGCGGGGACAUGGGGCCACGAGCUGGCUUUGGCCACCUGGCCCGGAGCCAUGACCUGCUCAUCUGCACGGCUGAGCUGCUGCAGAUGGCACUGACAAGCCCCGAGGAGGAGGAGCACGUGGAGCUCAAUGCCUUCUCCCUGCUCGUGGUGGACGAGUGUCACCACACGCACAAAGACACUGUCUACAACAUCAUCCUGAGCCGGUACCUAGAGCAGAAACUCCAGAGGACACGGCCCCUGCCCCAGGUGCUGGGUCUUACAGCCUCACCGGGCACUGGUGGGGCCUCCAAGCUCAAAGGGGCCAUUGAUCACAUCCUGCAGCUCUGUGCCAACCUGGACACGUGGUGCAUCAUGUCACCCCGGAACCACCGCCCCCAGCUGCAGGAGCUCAGCCCCCAGCACUGCAAACAGUACGAUCUCUGCCAAAGGCGCAGCUGGGGCUGGGCAAGGACUGGACAUCACUGUGCUCAGGCCAGAGGUCAAGGGCACAUAGGGGGAGCAGACCAGCAGGAGCCAUGCAGGAAACUGACCCUGCCUCCAGACAGGACUCCUCCUUCACACCCCAGCCGGCCUCCCUCUCGAGCUCCCUCCUCGCCGACACCGACAGUACGCGGCUUCAUGCGGAGAUCAGCGCCCCCAUUGGGUGCCCAUUCCACGGAUGUGUAUGGGAACCCGCGCACUCUUCUCGUCCAGGACCCGUUUGCAGACAAGCUGAAGAAUCUCAUGGACCAAGUCCACAACCAGCUGGAGAUGCCCGAGUUGAGCCGGGACUUCGGGACGCAGAUGUAUGAGCAGCAGGUGGUGGAGCUGAGCCAGACUGCGGCGGAGGCAGGGCUCCAGCAGCGGCGGGUGUACGCGCUUCACCUGCGGCGCUACAACGACGCGCUGCUCAUCCAUGACACGGUCCGCGCCGUGGACGCCCUGGCCACGCUACAGGAUUUCUACGACCGAGAGCGCGCCACUAAGACGCAGGUCCUGCGUGCCGAGCGCUGGCUGCUGGCGCUGUUCGAUGGCCACAAGAAUGAGCUGGCCCGCCUGGCGACUCAUGGCCCAGAGAACCCCAAACUGGAGGUGCUGGAACAGAUCCUUCGGAAGCAGUUCGGGAGCUCCGAGAGCCCCCGGGGCAUCAUCUUCACCCGAACCCGCCAGAGCACUCACUCCCUCCUGCUCUGGCUCCAGCACCAGCCUGGCCUACAAACAGUGGACAUCAGGGCCCAGCUGCUGACCGGGGCUGGGAACAGCAGCCAGAGCACCCAUAUGACCCAGAGGGAACAGCAAGAAGUGAUCCAGAAGUUCCGGGUUGGCACCCUGAACCUCCUGGUGGCCACGAGUGUGGCGGAGGAGGGCCUGGACAUCCCCCAGUGUAACGUGGUGGUGCGCUAUGGGCUCCUGACCAAUGAGAUCUCCAUGGUCCAGGCAAGGGGCCGUGCCCGGGCUGGUCAGAGUGUGUACUCGUUUGUGGCAACUGAGAACAGUCGGGAGCUGCGGCGGGAGCUGACCAACGAGGCGCUGGAGGCUCUGAUGGAAAAGGCAGUGGCUGCUGUGCAGGAGAUGGACCAGGCCGAGUACCAGGCCAAGAUCCGGGAUCUGCAGCGGGCAGCUGUGGUCAAGCGGGCAGCCCGGGCAGCCCAGCAAGAGAGUCGGCGGCAGCAGUUCCUGGCGGACCAGGUGCAGCUCCUCUGCAUCAACUGCAUGGUGGCCGUGGGCCAUGGGAGUGACCUGCGGAAGGUGGAGGGCACCCACCACGUCAACGUGAACCCCAACUUCUCAUGAGGAAACAGAGGCUCAGAGAGGCUAAGUGACUUGCACAAGCUCCCACGGCCACUCUGUGGUUGAGCAAGAGCUGGAAUUCAGGAUGCCAAAUGCUGAGGGGCCAAAGCUGGCCCCGUGGGUCCUACCUACUCUGAAGACAUCAAGAGGGGCUGGCUGUCCCUGAGCCAUCCCCUCAUCCUCUACCCCUAGAGGGUAAGCUUCCCCCAUCUUCUCUCCAUUCAUUCAUUCAGUAAGUAUUUAUUAGGCACCUACUGUGUGCCAGGCCACUGUGCCAGAUCUUCACACAGGUUCUUUCACGUGAGGAGGUAGCAUUUCGGCUAGGUCUGGAAGGGUGGAUUGGAUUGGAAUGUGAGAUGAGUAUAGGCGGAGGUGAUGCGACAGGAAUAGUUCUGGUGGACUUGAGUGGAAGAGACUGUGAAGUGUGAGAUUCUGAAGGAAGACAGACCAGCCUGUGGAGGACCUUAAAGGUCGGGCCUGAAAGUUUAGCCUUUAUCCUGUCGGCAAUGAGGAAUCUUGGAUGGAUUUUGAGCAAGGGAAUGUCAGGGUCAGAUUUACAUUUUCAGAAGAUCGCUCUAAAAGGUCACUCAUUUUAGAAGAUCAGCUGGCGGAAGGGUGGCAUGGGGUUGGGAGUAAGGAUGGAACGGGAUGGAAGGAUGGGGCAGGGAGAUCCGUCGGGAGGCUGUUGAAAUCAUCCAGGCGGGGAGUGCUGAGGCCUGAACGUGGGCAGGAGGGAGUGCAAUGGAGGCAGCACAGGCAGAGCUUAUUGAAGAUCGGAUUUCCUGGCCCCGGGAAGUCUCCGGGCCUCUUGACAGGCAGAAAGGCCCAAGGCCCAGGCAGAGGCUCAGCAAGCAGAGGGCACGAGGCCUGGGGACAGGGCGGGUGUCCAUGGGCGCUGUGGCCCCUCUCCUUCCUCUCCAGGAUCUACUACAAAGUCUCCCAGCAGCCAGUGGUCAUGGACAGAGCCUUCAAGGACUGGAGGCCUGGGGGCGCCAUCAGCUGCGGGAACUGU